AUGGCUUCAGCAUCUAGUCUUAGCAAGGUCUUAAAUACCAUGUCCACCACAAAGAAAACACUACUUCGCAAGCUCGCCGCUUCGAAGGUCAAUUUUUAUCGCCAUUCUUUGAAGCCUAUUCUUCAAGCCGUUUACGCACUCUAUCAAAUUGGAUACCUGAAACCAGGAAUGCUUCUUGAUCCGGUUCUCAUCAAUACUAUUGCGGGAUGGUGGAAAAUGACAGGAGCAGAAUUACGCGAAACGGUCCAGAAGGAAGAAUUGAUUCAUGAUAGUGAUGGAUUGACCAGAAUAGAUUGUAUCAAUCUGCUUCUGAAAGACGUAUCUAUCUUGGAGAUUUCUGCCGCCAUCAAAUUGAAUUCUCAAGUCAUCGAUUUACUUCUGAGUUCGGUUUAUGCGGAUGCUAUGUUACGAGGUGGCUAUCCGAUAAGUUUCCCUGGCUCUCCCCAAUUGAUAACUCUUGACGACUUUACGGAGGGAUUUCCCGAAAUCUUUGCAAAUAUGGGUCCCAAGCGGAAGAUAGCAGAGACUUUUGAAAAAGCACCUGAGUGCUUGAAACUCGUAAAGCAUCUCUCUGAAAACUACGGAGGAUACUUGAUCCCAGCGAAUGGGCCGAUGGUGCUUUUUCAUGGCACGAGUCUUUCAUACCUACCAAGUAUUCUUUCGAGCGGCUUAGAAGCCAAGAGCGAAGAGCUUUAUGGUAAGGUUUCCACCCUCUUCAUGGCAGAGGAGCCUGCGAGUUCCUACUUUUACGUGGAGCGUCGAGUUAUCGAGUCAUUGUGGGAACCAGAUCUUUACUCGGAAUGCGGGGUACUGUUAGCUUGUGAGCUAUCACGAACGAGGAAGCCAGAUUGGGAUUAUGAAACACAUCCUGACGGCGAUGUCAAGAUUGGCAGACCUCAACCAAUUCAUAUCUUUGGCCCCGAGAUACCAGGUUCAUCAAAGUAA